CUCCGACUCGGAUUCGGGGCUCCGAAUUGAAAACACGAAUGAUUCUACGAACAACUGGGUAUCGUAGUAAAUCUGCUCAGUAGAUAGCAGGUAUAUGCCGAACUAAGUCUCGAUGCCUGCAAAGUGCAAUGGUACGAAAACCGCAUAGACGCCUCUUCUCCAUUCUUUCCCUUUUGCGAAGUUUGGUUGUUAAGCCCAGGUACAUGGAGCAGCCAUGAUUUCAGCGUUGUCCUCAAAUCAAUUCGCGGUCAACGUGACCAAUGCCGUGUCCUCCUAUCUUCAUGGCGAGGUCCUAACACCGACAUGGACAUGGGCGACUGCCAUACCUCUUUUGGUUGUCGCGACAUUCAUGUACGACUUUGGGUCGAAAUACUUUCGCGACCGCAAACUUCGCCAUCUUGGUUCGCCAGCUCAGAUCAUUCCAUUCAAAGCCCCUCUUGGCGUCGAUGUCGGUAUUUAUUCCGUGUACAGACUUCUUAAGCACACUUUCUUCGAGCUCAUGUCGAGCUGGAUCGAGGAUGCCCCUGGUCGAACUUGCGAAAUGCGAAUGUUUGCUCAAGGGUUGAUCUUUACCGACGAGCCUGCCAACAUCAAAGCGUUCAUGUCCUCAAAGUUUGACGAUUUUGGCAAGGGUGACGUGACACGGAAGAUUUGGGGUAACAUGCUCGGCGAUACUCAGAUUUUCACAAUUGAUGGAGAAUACUGGCAUAAGAACAAGGAGACUCUGCGUCCACACGUUGGCAAGCUCCGCGCAAAUGACCUCGAGGUCACCGAGAAACACGUUCAAAAGCUUUUUGGACAUUUUUCUGCCGGUAAACCCGUCGAGAUGUACGACUUGAUAGAUUGCUUCCAGCUCGACGUUACGACGGAUGUCUUUUUCGGCGAGUCGGCAUGCUCUCUUACGUCCGAGCCUCCAUUCAGAAAACAAAUGGAUUCGUUGCUUCCCCUGAACACAGCACGCAUGUUAUUUGGGUACAAAGCGCUCUGGUUCUCGGAUACCUGGAUAGCUCCAAAGGCACUCAAGGAAUUGAAUAAAUACACCAAUGGCGUUACAGACAGAGCUUACGCGAGAGACUUGUCCAAGAAGGUACCGGAAGACUACAAUAUGUUGGAUGACUUGGUCAGCCAAAAGAAGAACUACAAAGAGAUCAAAGAGGCGCUGAUGUCUAUUAUGCUUGGUGGAAAGGAUCCCUCCACGAUUCUCAUUACAUGGGCUAUCUACUUGAUGGGAAAGCACCCCAAUGUGAUGAAGAAGAUGCAAGCGGAGGUUGAAAAAGUAUGCGGCACAAGGCUGCCGACGGCCACUGAACUCAAGGAACUGACGUAUGUACGACAUGUAAUCAACGAGACUUUCCGACUCCAUCACCCCUUGGGUCUAAACGUACGAGUGUCGUUUAAAGACACCACUCUGCCAACUGGAGGAGGCAAGAAUGGCAAGGAGCCUCUAGCCAUUCAGAAGGGUACAACUAUCAUCUACUCCCUAAUGGGUAUGCAACGGCGCAAGGAUCUCUACGGCGAAGACGCAGACAUUUUCCGCCCCGAACGCUGGGAGGAAUCCAACAUUAACCGCUGGCACUUUAUUCCAUACAAUCAUGGUCCUCGUAUGUGCAUGGGCCGCAAUUUCGGUCAGCAGCAAAUGGAAUACAUCCUAGCGAGAAUCUGCCAAGAAUUCGAGGAAGUCCGGAUCCCAGGUGGACAGCGUGAGCAACAGAUUAAGAUUGAGCUGAACACUAAGAUGGCACAUCCGUGUAUCUGUGAGAUGGUACCAAAGGCGAAGGCAUAGUUGUGCCACGAAGAUUGUGAUGAAAAUGGCAAGGUAGUAAGUAGCUUUCUUUACUGCUAGGCUUUCCCUUGGAUAUACAGCCAUAUAUGUGGCCUGGUAGUUAGUUUGGAAAAUAUGAUAUGGUAUGUAUGCAUUUUUUUAUUGACGGG